UGUUGAAUUACAACUUGCUGUCACAUUAAAUCGGCUAGAUACAAAAUCUACUCUUUGGACAAUUGCAACAUUAUUUAGAUUUUUUUGGCCUUCUGGAAAUUAUAAAAAAGAAGUUAAUACUGGAUUUAAACAAAUUCAAGGAUUUCUAAUGAAUGUUUAUAUAUCACGUAAACAAAAAUAUGGUAUUCAUUUGCAAGGAAUUGUAGAUCAUCAAGGUCUUUUUAUUUCAUAUAAAAUUGGAUGGCCUGCAUCAGUUCAUGAUGCAAAAGUUUUCACAAAUUCAGAAAUUUUUAAAAAUUAUAAAAAUUAUUUUAAAGAAGAAAAUUAUUUGCUAGCUGAUUCAGCAUAUCCUUUACUUCUAUGGAUUAUGAUACCAUUUAAAGAUCUACAAGGCUCACAAGCUCAACAAAAAACUUAUAAUACAGCACAUAGUAAAACAAGAGUAGUUGUAGAACAAGCUUUUGGCCGCUUAAAGGCUCGAUUUCCUUUUUUAAAAGAAAUGAGAGCAAAGGAUACAAAAAAAGCAACUAAUAUUAUUGAUAUGGCAAUAAUUUUAUAUAAUUUU